AUGUUCGGGAAACGACGACGGGCAGCGUCCAAUCCGCCCCAACGAGCCCCUCCACCCAGCGCAUCCGCCUCGCUUGCCGCCUCCAAGGCUUUUAUAAAGAAUGCCGAAUCCCAUGGCGACCUCUCGUCUGCAGCCGCCGCUGCCGCCUUGCGCACCCACGUAACCACGCCGACUCCCGUGGGCGAGACAGUCACGAAGCGCAUGGUGCGCCGCGGCUCACUGUCGUCAAACGGCAGCUUCUCGAGACAGCAGCCCGGUGCCCCUGGCCUGCGCCGACAGUCGAGCUCAGGCUCCAUGACAGAGCGCUCAUUCCGCGCGCCAUCGCCUGGCCGAGGGAGCCCAGCUGACACGGAUGCGCCGCCAGUCCCGCCAGUGCCAAAGAACAUACAACAGCAGGCAAGUGUCGUCCAUCGGCGUGCGUCCAGCCUGGAGCCCACGUAUCGAGGAGGAUCACCAGCACCAGCAGGAGGCAGAGGCCGAGGCGUCAGCCUGGAUAGGGGCGCCAACCCCGUCGGGAGAGGCCAACGGCCUGCUAGCCAUCUUGCCCAAGUAUCCGAGGAAGACGACGCCUCGCGAUCUGUAAACUUCUCCCGCCCAAUGUCUCCAGGCGCAAUAGGCACACGCCAAAACCCCUCGCCUCCAUCUAGCAAAGGAUGGUUCGGUGGCCCGGUUGUAAACCAAGAGGCAGUCCAACGCAUGGCCUCGACAUCGCGACCCAAGACAUCUAGUGGCGUCUCCAGCUAUGAUCUCCAGAACGCUCAACGGUCCGUCCAGAAUGCUGCUGAACGUCCAGUCAAGACACACCAGUUAUCACAGGGCGUUCAGGGCGCAAGACUGUCGAGCGGCAGUAUGCGUGCCAAGCCAUCUGGAUCUGCUGUACAAUCGCAAUCCUACCUGCCGCCGCGCGCUCCUCGUCCAGUCGAUCCCAACUCGCCAGAUGCCAUCUAUGAUCCUUCGACGCGCAAGUUCAUCCAUAAGCAGGAUGCCAUGGCCCGUCACCGAGAGCUACACGAAGAGCCGGAGCCUGCGCCGCGGUACGUGUCACAGCACCUCGACACCUUCCACUCAGUCCACAUACCUGAAAACCAGAUGGGCCGGGGCUCACCAAGUCCUAUACGCCACUAUGUCCGACAGGAGCAACAAGCACCGCAGAGACGAGAAGAACCUGUAACGCAAGCUCUCGAACCGCAGUUCAACGCAGCUACCGAAACAAGACAUUCUGGCGAUUUCAUCGAUGCCGACUUCCCACCCCAGGAGCAUGCAAACACCAGUCGCAAACUGGAAGACUCUGGUUAUGGCACUAUAGUUGGUCAUGAAGACGAUGUGCCUUCGCCCAAAUUCGCUCCGAACCAGGAUAGCUCAUAUCCUCGCCUGGCUACUCCAGUGACUACUCCAGCCAAUUCGACACCUGCAGGUUCUGUUAGUGGCCAGGGCCGUGGCCGUCUUCCCGAGGCGCAUGACCGGAAUGCUUCACUGAGCCCACCGCGUACCGCCCAUUUUGCAGCUGUACCCGUUGAACUUGCAGGCACCAAGCAUGACCCGCUCCCGCGCUCAGUGUCCCCUGCAAAGUCUGUCUUGAAGAGCUCGCCUUCGGUUUCGCGCCGCGGCGGCUCGCCAGCGACUGCAAAUGGACGUCUCUCCGCUCGUUUCGCUCCGAGCGAAGCAUCUGACACUGGGUCUGAUGACGGAGGCAGGAAGAAGAAGAAAAACGUUCGUGUUAGUUUUGAGGAAGAACCAGUACUACUGGGCAAAGCUACUGAUACAGAGGCACCUCUCGGAGGUUCCGGUGCGCCCAAGUGGAGCCCCAUAGCCGAAAAGGAGGAUGAGUUCGAAGACUUCAUGAAGCCACGCGCUGCUCUACCAGUGUUCGGUAGUAUACGCGAGAAGGAGCGACGACCGCAGGAAAACAUGGCUGAGAAGGUUACAGAGACGUUCCCUACUUCGAACGCCUCUAGUGACAACGCGCUUGGAAAUAUUGUCGCAGAGGACUUCGCCCAAAAGCAUGCAACUCACAGCGACCCGCUACCUCCCGAUGUCACUACUGUCGAAGGGAGUGGCUAUGUGUCGGACUCCAGCGACUACUCAGACACCCAUAGGCCCAUGGAGACUUCGCAACAGCCACCUGCUCCGGAGCCGAAGUCAUUGUCCGUAUCACAAGAAGAGACAACAUCAGCGGCGGCUCCCAUCACUGAACAAGUCGUGGAGGUACCUAACAUCGCACUCCAGCCCGCCACCCCUAGCCCGAACGAGAGGUCUGAACCCGUAUAUCAGAGCAUGACGAUACCUGGGGGUUGGGGCGAGGAAGUCUCUGAAGCUGAGAAGAAGACGGUUAACCCGACUUCCACGACGUCUGCGCCCGUCCUGGACUCAACAACGCAACAGCCGAAGUCUACUACCCAGGCGGAAGAAUACGACGAGACCACAGACGAUAACAGCAGCGUUUACAGUGACGCCUACGAAGAUCUCUCUGAUGGUGAAGGGUUCGGCAGCAUCAACGCCCUAAUGGAGAAGCCUGUUGCCGCGUCUUCUUCUGGGUUGAUGUCUUCAAGAUACGCAAAUGCAGAUGCCACAGACAAGGCUACUUCGAAUCUCCAGCUAGACACCGCCGUGGACGACCACCGCGACUCAGAUACUACACCAACGCAAGAUUGGAACGCUGCUCAACAACAUUGGAGCGGUCUCAAUGCGUCUUUAAAGAAGCCAAACUCAGAGCUAGGGCAGACUCAAGCGCCCCCCGAACGAGCUUCACAUGCUCAGGAGGUAAUUUCUCGAGUCAUGCAGGCUCCAGUCUCAGAAGAGAUGGCAGCACCAUCUUCCUCACGCGAGUAUACACCAGAUGCAAAACCAGAGCGCAAGGUCACAGCCAUACCACCUCCACGGACUACUACUCCAUCAGCUGAUCAGUCUCCGGCAAAACCUCUCAAGUCUGCUUUGAAGAAGAGCCCUGCACCACAGCCGGCGCGCCCAGUUGAAUCACAAGCUAGGACGACCCUGCGGACGGCUACGCCGAGGGAAGGUGCCUCUGAGACUCAUAUGAAGCGAACUAUGCGAGGAGGUUCGGAUCCGCCUUCGCGAGCAGGACCGCAGAUGGGAUCAACUAUGCGGACGAGCAUGCGGGGACCCUCAGACACGACUCCUAGAGCGCAGCCCCAGAUGCGACAAAGUAUGCGUUCAGCGGAUGCCUCGCCGGCACCAAGCAUGGGUCUAGCAGCGUCGCGACACAGUAUGGUACCUAUGGACACCAAACCUCCGCGAGGUGCUCUCCAAAAGAGGAACAUCCCGCCUGCUGCUGCUGUCUCCAAGGGCAGACCACAGAGCAUGCCUGCGGCAAAACCGAUGGCUGCACCAGCACCUACAUACGACAGUGACUCUGAUGCUUCUGUAAGCAGUUUCCAACGCGAACGCGCCAGAAAGCGCGGAGGACGGGAGCAAGGUGGGCGCUAUACAAUGCGCGGCUCAAUGAGACAAGAACCUGCACCCACUAUGCGAGCAAGUGCUCCGGCACCUAAGCAAGUCCGGGCAAUUUCUCCACCAGCCACACCGUCCGCCAUGCGAAGAUCUAUGCGGCCUUCUUCGCCAACGCCAGAACCAGUAAAGUCAUCGAAGUUCAGCAUUCGAUCAUUGUCGCCAAUGGGAAGAUUCCGCAGAGGAUCUGAUGUUCGUCCUUCGUCGCCUACACCGCCAAUGCCCGUCUUCAACAAGCAGACACUGCCGCCUAAACCGUCUAAAGCGCCGAAACAAAAGGCACCACCUGCCAAGGCUUCGAAAGCUGCGUUCAAGAGUCGUUUCGCCGAUUCAAGCGACGAAGAAGACGACGCUCGACCGUCUCGUUUCCAAAGUCGAUUUGACGAUUCGGACGAUGAUGAGCCUGCUGAUUACACCCUGCCUCCAGGUUUGGCGCCAGUACGAGGGAUUCCUAGAAAAGCGGGCGAAGAGGAUGGCGACUCUACCGAUCUAGAGGAAGAAGCGGAUGAUGAAACCACAAACGUUGUCCCUAAAGCCACACCAGUGACAAAUGGUGCAAACGGUAACUCGGGCGCACAAGGUGCAGCCCUCUCCGCCGGCUCUUUGCGUGACAGCAAGCAUGCGCCUUUGCCCUCGUUUGGAGAUGCUGGCAAGAGCAAGUCGAAGCGUGGUUUCUUCGGCCUAGGAAAGAAGAAGACUAAUGCUCAGCCACAAGCCGUUCAGGUGCAGCCCGAGCCAACGCAACACGCUCCAGCGUCUGAUGAGAUUCCUUUGCCACCCACACAACGCAACCGCGAUCUGGGGUAUCCCAUGACGCCCAUCGACGAGGACAAAGAAUUCGGCGACCCAAGACCCACCUCUCCUCGAUCGCCUAAACUACAACGUAGAAAGACUCCCGAAUGGCCACUUCAACCUCCACCUGUCAUUGGCACUGACGACCGUCCAAUGAGUUCAGAUGGUGUCACGGCUCGCAGACCGCGCUUCGCCAACCGACAGUCUAGCGCUAUCUCCAAUGUUUCAGCGCCCAUUGUUGACGCCCAAGGCCGUUCCGUCUCCUACGGCCGAAGCGGAAAGAAGAAGAAGUUCCAAGGUCUAAGGCGGGUCUUUGGACUGAAUGACUGA